GUUAUCAUCUUUAUUGAACGAUGAAAGAGAAGCUACCAAAGAAAAUGUCGAAAGAAAGCAAGCACGAGGAAUCGGGGAAAAUAUGGAAGAAGAGGAAGACAUAAACGAUAUGUCAGAUGAUGAUGAAGAUGAUAGCAUUCCGUACAAUCCCAAAAAUUUACCCUUGGGAUGGGAUGGUAAACCAAUUCCAUAUUGGCUGUACAAAUUGCAUGGUCUCAAUAUAUCCUUCCCAUGCGAAAUUUGUGGCAAUCAGGUCUACAAAGGACCGAAGGCAUUUCAACGACAUUUUAAUGAGUGGCGUCAUUCGCAUGGCAUGCGUUGUCUGGGAAUCCCGAAUACUGCACAUUUUGCCAAUAUUACGAAAAUUUCUGAUGCUGUCGAACUUUGGGGAAAAAUACGACGGCAAAAAGAAUCGCUGAAGUGGAAUCCCGAACAUGAUGAAGAGUUUGAGGAUUCCGCCGGAAAUGUCGUCAAUAAACGAACAUUUGAAGAUCUUAAAAGACAAGGACUUUUGUGA